AUGAAAGAGAUGCGAAAUUACUACGACUCGAAUGUAACUGUAGUUUUCAAUACAUUAGACAAAAAUACCAGGAUCUCUGAACGUCUGCAUAAAGCUCUAGCAACGUCCUCUCCUGAUGUUAUAUUCGAUGAAAUAACCAUUGCUUCAGUUGCCCUAUUAAAUGACAGGAAUAAAGUUAGACUUAUCGACAUGCUGAAGGUUUACCUGGAGAAGAACAAAAUUCUAACAUCACAGGCAGAGGAAGAUGCUGAUAAGUUAACAGUAACCACAGCCAUUUCCAUAUCCUCUUCCUACGAAGUAGUAAAGAUCGUCGGCGAGGAUAUAGAUUUGUUGGUCUUACUUUGUGGUUUGUCACGAGAUGGAGGAUACCAUAUCCUUCCAACAAACAGACCAAAUAACAAUAUUAUAUUUGUUAAAUGUGGGAGAGGAAAAUAUCCAGAUGUCACCUACUCGACAAAUUCCUUUACGCAAUUAUCACAAACCGGAAUAGAACUGUUCCUUCACGCGUUUAGCGGUUGUGAUACAUCAGCACCUUUUGGCCAAGGAACAAAGACAUUUUAAUCGACAAUAAAAAAAACAGCCACGCCUCGAAUAAAACGCAGAGGUUUUCUUAAGCUCCAAUGCCACACCUGAGCAAGUUGCUGACGCAGGAGAGACCUUCCUUGUUUCACUUUAUGGAGGUAAUAGAGAAUUCCAGUUAUCCACUGGGGCGACAGUUAAGCCCAACAUGAACCUCGC